UAACAUUCGUAUGAUUAAAACCCUAAUCUGAGAAACAGAGCCUAUAUAUAACAGAAAGAGUUUAACCUAGGGUUUGUAUUCUUGAGUCUAAUCGAGUAGCAGCAGCAAUGUCGAAGAGAGGUCGCGGUGGUUCCGCGGGUAACAAGUUCAGGAUGUCACUGGGUCUACCAGUGGCGGCGACGGUGAACUGCGCCGACAACACCGGAGCUAAGAAUCUCUACAUCAUUUCCGUGAAAGGUAUUAAGGGAAGAUUGAACCGUUUACCUUCAGCUUGUGUUGGUGAUAUGGUGAUGGCUACUGUGAAGAAAGGAAAGCCUGAUCUCCGUAAGAAGGUGCUUCCUGCUGUCAUCGUUCGUCAGCGUAAACCAUGGCGCCGAAAGGACGGAGUGUUCAUGUACUUCGAAGAUAAUGCUGGAGUCAUUGUUAAUCCCAAAGGAGAAAUGAAAGGUUCUGCUAUUACUGGUCCAAUUGGGAAGGAGUGUGCUGAUCUGUGGCCUAGGAUUGCAAGUGCUGCUAAUGCUAUUGUUUAAGUUUGAUUUCUAGUAUUCAUAAGGAUUUUGGUUCUGCUGUUUGAUGUUGUAUCUGGUUUUGCUUUAGGUUGAAUGUUUUUCAAAGUGACUCAGGAUAGCUUAAGAGUUUAUAAUUUCUCUUUACUGAGAAGUGUUUUGAAGAUAUUAAUUCUUAGUUAUAAGAACUGUUUGUUUUUAUGCUUG